AUGUCGAUAUUAAAUAUAACUCUUGUUGGUUCGCUUUAUGCUCAAUAUGACCAACAGGAACAGUUGGCUGGAAGUGAACCAAGUAAUCUAGCGCGAUUAUUACCAAUCCUUAGCCGUCGAGCUCGUGCAACGUCUUGUCCUGCCGGAUUGUGUUUAUCGAAAUGGGGUUAUUGUGGUAACACAGCUGAGCAUUGUGGUUCAGGAUGUAAAAGCGGCCCAUGUAAAGGUGGUUCGGGAAAUAACGGUGGUCAACGAAGUGGGGAAGCAACAUAUUAUGCUCCUGGUCUUGGUGCUUGUGGUAUAAAUAGCAAUGGUAAUGAACUUGUUGCUGCAAUGGCUGCUCCUGAUUUUGAUCCACACACUCCAAAUCGUAAUCCAAAUAACAAUAGACUUUGUGGUCGACAUAUUUCAGUGAAUGGACCACGAGGUUCAGUGACUGUCCGAGUUGUUGAUCGUUGUCCAGUAUGCAAACCUGGCGAUUUGGACUUGAGUCCAGCUGCUUUUGAUCGAAUCGCCAAUCGAAAUCAAGGACGAAACCUAGAAGGUGCUAGUGAUAUUCGUUAUCGUGUUGAGCUCAUGAUGAACUCAUCAAUUUUGUUGUCAUUCACAAUUGGACUAUUAGUACUGGUCAUGGGUGGACAAGGUACGGUGUACAGACAGUGGGUGCCUAUGGACACUACACUUGUGUUCAACAAACCAGGAACCUGCUAUGGACCAGAAAUUCAUGUAUCUGGAGAUAAUUGGCGCCUAUGUUGUGAUCAUUUUGGCACCCGACAACUCCAAAUGGAAACACGCAGUGUCAUUGAGCCUCUCUUACCUACAUCGGUUGAAGACCGUAGCUUAGCAAAAAAUAUACUCGAUGGAUGA